AUGGUAGAAAUAAAUAGUUACUACAAGUGGUGUACUAUCUUUCUGUCCAUGAUUGGACUUUGGCCGUACUGCAACAAAAGAUUUCAACUCUUGCAUAAUGGUAUUAUCAGCCUCAUUACUUGGGCAUCUGUAAUAUGCCAGCUUGCAGCUAUCCUCGCUAUAGACAGAGAUCUGUUUCGGCAACUUAGGGGUAUACCAAUUACAGCAAUGGCAAUAGCCGCGUUUACAAAAUAUCACGCAACCUGGUAUCAAAUUAACUACGUAAAGGCACAAAUAAAUCAAAUCAGACUUGACUGGGAGACGAAUAACGUUGAAGUACUUCGAAUUAUGCAGAUUUACGCAUUUUAUGGAAAAAGACUCGUAAUACUUUUUGCGACAUUUUUUUAUCCAGGAUUGAGUAUAGUAAUACUAUACCAUAUUUCACCUAUCAUUUUGAAUGUAAUUGUGCCCUUAAAUGAAUCUCGCCCAAUAAAGUUUUCAACUGAUCUUGAGUUCUGGAUUGAAGAAGAGCAAUAUCCCAUUCUCAACAUUAGCCUAUUUUGUCUAGUGGUGAUCGUGGACGUAGCCGUACUGGUUGGGACAGAAUCAUUCUCGAUUAUGAUCUGCUUGCAUGUAGCUGGUUUAUUUGAUGUUGCAAGUUAUUAUUUCGAAAAAGCUGUGCUUUUAGAGUCCGUACCAUCAUAUCGUCCACGAAAGAUUAAGGAUAAAGAAUCUAUCAAUCAUAUAGCUACUGGUGUACUUUUUCAUCUUAGGUGUCUUCAGGAUGUACACGACACAGCCGAAAGGUGCAAAGCGGUAUACAGUUUCAUCACCAUACUGGGUGUUAUUACUGCAAGCAUCAGUUUGUUUUGCCUUUCUGUGAUGGUACUUCAGUUAUCAGAUAUAAGGGAGACUAUAUUCUUUGUCUUGGUAUUGAUUGCUACAUUUGGAUACAUGUUUUGGUUGAGUCUGGCAGUCCAAUACGUAAUUGACAGCGCUGACAGUAUGCCUCUAAAGACGUAA